UCUAUGUAUAUAUACGUAUUAUGCAAGCAUAUUUACAAUCAAAUUUACAAUAAACAUUAAACAAACAUUAACAAUAAAAUUUACAAUCAUUCAAACAAUCCUGUGUUUGAAUGUUUUGGUAUUGAUAGUUUUGAUUAUUAUUUAUUGUUUGUAAAUUUUACUAAUUGAGAGAUUUAGAGAUUUGGAGUACAACAUUUCAAUAUAAUAAACGUUAAGAUUAUUAUAUGUUAAACAUAUAUAUGCUUGUGUGUCAGCGCUGACGAUUUUUUUUAUGGAAAAGAUAUUGUUUGUUCGUUUGGAAUACCUUGACAAAAUCAUGACAUCAGAAGCUGUUUACAACUUUCUAAAAAUUCAAAAUAGGCCUUAUAGUGCAAAUGAUGUAUCAGCUGCUUUGGAUAAAGAAAAACAUUCUAAAAGUGCUGUGCAAAAGGCAUUAGACAAACUUGUAGAUAAUGAAAAAAUUUUUGUCAAGGUAAAUGGUAAACAGAAAGUGUACUGUAUUGCUAGUGAAGGCAAGCAAAAUUUGGAUGAAUUGAAAAAAAUUGAAAGAGAGUUACAGGCACAUUCAAAUGAACAAUUAAAAAAGUUACCAGAGUUACAGAAAGAAGUUGGAUCUCAAGAAGCUCUUCUGAAUUCUCUUAAAUGUGGCAUGAGCUUUGAAGAAGCAGAAAAAGAAUUGCAUCGAUUACAAGAAAGCAACCAAAAAUUAUCACAAAAAUUAGAUGAAUUAAUGGAAUCUUCAGGAACUGAAAAUUUAGGUGAAGUUAAGAAAAAAGCUGAAAGUAAUCUAAAUCUUUACACUCGUGAGUACAACAAAAGAAAAAGAAUUUGUAAUGAAAUACUUGAUUGUAUCUUAGAAAAUUAUCCAGGAAGUAAAAAACAAUUGUAUUCAGAAAUCGGAAUUACUGAAGUAUGAUAGUUUUUCAAUUGUCGCAAUUUAAAUUGAAUGCCAUAAUAUAUAACAAACAAGUUUUCAGUAACUAAACUGUUAACUAGAAUGAUUUAAAUAAUUUUAUUUCAUUUUUUUUAUUCCUUCUCGAUUAUUUAUAAUCUGUCAUACAUAAUCAGACAAUAAGUAAAUUUGGUUACAGUUUAGAUAUAGAUUACAUGAGUUAACACAGCGGUUCUAUUGAGCACUCUAUCCUAGUUUUAAUUGAUGCAUUUAAAUUAUAAUAUAUCGACUAAAAAUAAUUAAAAGUAUGAAGAGGUAUAUUUUUAUCAUAUUACAUUUCACACCGCGAUAAUGAAGAGGUGUUACAAUUUACAAAAUAUUAUAGUAUUUAUUUUUUAUAAAGAAAUAUAUUUCAAUUUAUAUGCUACUGUGUAGCAAACAUUAUUUAAAAAAAUAAAUAUAUUAAAGAAAU